AUGGAGAAUUUCAAAGCCAAAGUGAACAAAUGGAGCCACAAAGCGUUUUGUUCCAAAAAUGCCAAUGAUAAAGAUGCACAACUAGUAUUUAAAGCAAUUUCUGAAGGUAAAUUGAGACUUGCCAGAAUUCUGAUAGAAGGAAAAGUGAAUGUUAACUGCCAAGAUAGUGAUGGGAGAACGCCGUUAAUAGCUGUUUGUAGAUCUAAUUAUAACAUUAUAGACGAAGAAAGUAUUCUGCACUUUGUACAGUUUUUAAUCAAAGAAGAAGCAAUAAUAAAUUCUACUGAUGUGUUUUGCAUGCAGGCUUUAGAUUAUGCCACGAAAAACGGAUUUCAUCAAGUAAAAGAAGUUAUUUUGGGAACACUUUUAGAUGUACUAGAAAAUUUCUCAUUUUGA